UAAGAGACAUUUUUAAACAAAAUUUGUUUAUUUCCGAAUCACUCAUUUUUAAAUCAUUAAUUUUUAAAGUGAUUUAUUAUAUUAUUAUUUAUAAGACAUUCAAUAUAUAAAAAUAUGUUAUUGCAUGUUUAAUCCUUUUAGUACCGACUGAAAAAAUGUACCUAAGCGUAAAAUACCAUUUCUGAAGACAAAUUCAAAUUUAUAACGUCUUAUAAAAUUAGUUUUGAAACAGAGUUCUCUCGCGGAUAGUCCGACAGCAUCGUAUGCGCAACGAUAUAUUGUCGUUGGCACUUUUCGCAAGUGUUGCUAACAACAAUAUAUCGUUGUUCGGCAUUAUAAGGGUUAAUAAAUUAUAAUUAUUUAUAGACAACAUUUUUCUCAUAAAACAAUAACUAUUUUCUUCAUUUUUUACUAAAAUAUUAAUAUAAAAAGAAAUAAUGUAACUUAACAUUUUAAGACUAUUGUAAUGGCAUAAUUCCAUUACACUUGUAAAUAUAUAAGUUUGGAUUAGAUAAUAUAAAGUAUCAUAGAUUGUCGCGCGAAAUUUACAUAGAGACUUAACUAAAAUGACAAGUGAUUUUAAAUUGCAGACGCGAUUUUGAAUCGUAAGUGUGGUUUUGCAACAAAGGUCCAAUUGCGUAUUGAACCGCAUUGCGAUUCAAGAAAAAGAAUCGCAAUAUUGAUGGCACUGGCUAUAUUAAUCGUCAUCAAACAAUCUUCGAUUGCAUCAUUUACUUAUAUCAAUUGCCAAUUAAACGAUCUUUAAUUAAACUUGCUAAGUUCAAUCGUGCUAAAUUCAUUUAAUCGACCUUCAAUUAAAUUUUCUAAUUAUUAAUUAAACGAUCUUCAAUUUCCUUUGUUUACAUCGAUCGUCAAUUAAACGGUCUUUAAUUGAAUUCGUUGAAGUUUAUUGGACGGCCUUUGAUUGAAUCUGUUGGUCAAUUGUCAAUUAAACAGCCUCCAAUUGAAUUGGCUCAUAUUAAUCGUCAAUUAAACGAUAUAAUUCAUUAAAAAAGCAAUUAAUUAUGCGUAAAUCUGGGUCAAACUGGACUGAUUGUUUGCAAAAUAAUAGAGGAAUUUCUCGUUUGACCUAAUCCACACAUACAUAUAUACGUUAAACACCCCGUGUACGUUACAUUUAUUUGACUUACGCUGUAUUGCGCUGCGGAAACCCUAACGCCAAUUCGAAGUGCAAUUUUUCAGCGGCCUGUCGGAUUGUCGCCCAAAAGCGCGCACACUGACGGCGAUGCGUCAGACCUAUCGGCGUCGAAAGUGUCACUUUCGUGUCUCAUUUUUCUCCCCUUUUCAACAGAAUAUUCUUUAUAGAGCGAAGUGGAACGACAGAUAUUCGCCGAAGAUAAGUACAUGCGAUCGUACAUACGGUUUCCUGUCAUUUUGUGCCGAAUGUAAUUAUGCCGUCACGUGAUGUUUGUUAGUCUUUUCCCACGUCAAUAAGAGCCUUUGAGCGGGACAUUAAACCUAGUGGGUCAUUAUUGAAACGUAACUGGAGCGAGAAACGCAAUCCUUCGAGAACUACAUCGCUUUACGUUACGAUAUUUCCGCGAAUUAAUAUCGGAAUUGAAGCUCGAAACUGUUACUACUCGUAGCAGUAAUAGUAAUAGUUAGCAGCAGGAGUCUCGUUCGAGAAGUUCUUCCUGGGAAAAUGCAUCAACUUAGAGAGUCACGUCGUCAAGGUAUCUAUCGUUAAAAUUCAAAUCGAUGCUCAGGCAAACACGACUUGAAAAAAGAAAACAGCGCCGGGGAGGAGAGCCCCUUCGCGGUUUGCGUCAGUCGCUUCGUUCGCGAUCGUGCAUAGGACGUCUCGUUAGUGUGAGAAAACAUUGGCACAAUAAUGUCCAUUUAUCGGCGAGAUCACGGGUGCGCACACGCACGCACACGAGCCUAAGGACGUCGUAUCGCCGAAGUUAUAGAAGGGUGACUCCGCCGUUAUCGUUAACACUUCAGUCAAUCGUCAGCGGUCUUCGGGGUAGUUUGAGACAAGGGCUCGCGACAAGGCAACGAUAGGCUUUCGCGAUCACGCGACGCUGUUGUCUGUAUUCCUUCUUUUUUUCCCAAACGGCGAUUCUUAAGGAUUCUUGUAGGAUUCUUGUAGUAUUAAGAACAGUCAUGAGCCAGCGACAACAAGGAGAAUGCUUUGUAACGCUUCCUGUGACGCGAUGAAAGACGGUCGGCUGGUGCGUUGAGAGGGAAAGACAGAAACGCGAAUGUCAGCAAUUUGCAUUCUCUCGAAAUUACUUCCGAACAUAAGCGCGAUUGAGGAUUGAUUGUAAAUUCUCCGUUCUAAAUUUUACCAAUUCUUUGGCAAGAAAUAAAAUAAAAUAAAAAUAAAAUAGAAAAAAAAUAAAGAAAGAAUAAGAUACACGAUGGAUUGGAAGAGGGAGAGAGCGUGAUUGUGAGAUGGAGGAUCUACAUACGAAUCUGGAGAACACGAAGCCAAACUUCAACCCGUGGGACGAUGCGCGAAUUUUGCCACACAUCAGAACACACGAUUUCGCGCGUCUGAAAAAUUCCAACGCGGUGGACGAAAUGCCGAUACGAAUUCGUAAACGCGACCCUGUGGAUAACGCGAACGACAGUUACUAUAACACUGUCGAUCAAGCGCCAUCCAAUUACACGAAGGCCAAUAAUUCCUUCAACACGGUGCACCUGCAGAAUCCCUACAGGCCGCCCCAACGACUGGAGGGAUUCAUGUCACACGAUUACUCAAAGGAUGCCUUGAGAUGGAGAUACAACAACAACUUCGUUACGAAGAAGGAGUCUGUCGCGAACAAGCACAGCGACAAAGAAGAGAACGACAAAGUCGGACGGUCGAAGAAGAGGAAGCAUCCAGCGUGCUCCGAGCUGGCCGAGCUUGCUAGACAGUAUUGCGCGAACAGCACCCUUCACGGCUUGCGUUACGUCGGCGAUACGGGAUUGUCAGCCGUCGAGAGAAUAUUCUGGGCAGUCUCCUUCACCACCGCCCUGAUAAUAGCGGUAUACUACAUCGUUUAUCUCUAUCAGAGGUGGAACGGGGCGCCGAUAAUUAUUUCUCUGAGUCCCGAGCCGGUAGCCCUCGACGAAAUUCCGUUUCCCGCCGUAACGAUAUGCAACAUGAACCACGCCAAGAAGACGGAGGCGAAACGGAUCGAAGAAGGGUCCGACAUGACAAAGAAAUUAAUGCUGUCCGAUAUCUGCGAUGCGGAAAGCAACACAACUUUUUACGAAGAGCACGAUCUAAUAGACUUCGACACGAUGCUGCAAUUUAUGAUUAAUAUAUCUCAGCCAUGCACGGACAUGUUGUACUUUUGCAAGUGGCACAAUAUGCGAAUAGAUUGCAAGGAUAUCUUCAACCCUACCAUGACCGACGAGGGUAUCUGUUGCAAUUUCAACGGGGUGCAGAGGGAGUUCCUCUUUCACAAAGCACGCGACUGGCCCGCCCUGAACAUAACGUACAUGUCGCCCGGCGUCGACUGGAACGCCGAGAACGGAUACAACAGCAGCGGUUCGGUGGAUGUUAUUCCAUGGAGACCGUAUGGCGCCGGGAAAUAUUACGGCCUGUCGUUGGCUCUCGACGUGGACACGGAUGAAUAUUUCUGCUCGAGUACCGCCAGCGCGGGCUUCAAGAUGCUGCUUCACAAUCCCGUGGAGACACCGAAGAUCGCCGACUUCUCUUUCUCAAUCAUGCCGGGCGAAGAAACCCGCGUGAUCGUGAAACCGCGGAUAUCAACGGCCAAGAAAAGUAUCAUCUCCAUACCGAAGACGAAGCGAAAGUGCUUCUUCACGACCGAGAGGAAGCUGCGUUAUUAUCGGACUUACACGCAGAGGAACUGCCUUUUGGAAUGCGAGGCGAACUUCACGCAAAAGAUCUGCUCCUGUGUCCAGUACUAUAUGCCAAAAUCGUCGAACACUCAGAUUUGCGGUAAAAAGGACGAGCAAUGCGCUGUGAAUGCGAGGCGAGCCAUGGAGACGAAGCUCUACGACGAGGACACGGCUAAUUCGUUAAACGUCACGGAGACACCGAGCUGCAACUGCUGGCCGGCUUGUUUCGAGAUCAAUUACAAAGCGGAGCUUUCGCAGAGCAAAUUGAUGUCGAUUGUCGGCAACGAAAAAUCGUACAUAAAGAAGAACGCGAAUUAUUUCACGAAGAACAUGGCGAUGAUCCACAUAUUCUUCGUGGAUUCUCAGUUCACCAAAUACGUGAAAACUGAACUCUUUGGAUUCACCGAAUUUCUGUCGAGCACGGGUGGCUUGCUGGGUCUCUUCUUGGGCUUCAGCUUCCUGUCGUUUAUGGAGAUCGUAUAUUUCGCGACUAUGCGACUGUGGUGUCGCCUGUACCGCCAACGGGCGUCGUCGAAGCCCACCGCGCUUCAAACACACCCGUUAGAUCACAGGAAGAAGAUGAUUUACCCGUUCGCGAACUGAGUUCGUCUCUUGAGGUAUAAAUGCGAUGUAAAUAGCUGCUCAUAAGCGUACGAUUAUCGGAAAACAUAUACGCAUACAUCGUGUAGUGCUUUAUAAUAU